AUGGCCUUUGGCUAUGCUUAUCCUGCUUAUGAAUGCUACAAGACCGUGGAGCUGAACAAGCCAGAGAUUGAGCAUCUCAUUUUUUGGAUUUUAGUUUCACUGUUAACUGUCUUGGAAGGAUUUGGGGAUUUUACCAUAUCAUGGUUACCACUGUACUCAGAAGCCAAGUUAAUAUUCUUUAUAUACUUAUGGUGUCCGAAGACAAAGGGAAGAACCUAUGUCUAUGAGACCUUCUUUAGGCCAUACAUAUCACAGCAUGAGAAUGACAUCGAUCGUAAUAUUCUCGAGUUUAGACCAAGAGCUAGCGAUAUGCUUAUCAUUUACUGGCAAAAGUCUGCGACUCUGGGACAAAAUACACUCUUCAGUAUUUUGAAGUAUAUUGCUGCACUACUGUCACCAUCUCAGUUAUCUAGACCACAUUCUUCACAGCAACCACAGUCACAAAAACAGCAUAAAUCACAACCCCAACAGCAGCAACAGGCGCCACCGAAACAGCCUAUAACGCUUCAGAGAGCAGCCUCUGCUGCUGCUCGGCAACUCGGAGUUACAUCGCAGUCACAGGGAAUACAGGCUGCUCCAGCUACCACCAAGGUCAGGCGUCUAACAACUUCAAAGUCUGCUCCAGUGGCAUUUACAAAGCCCCUCCCACCAAAUGCAGCAAACCUGGCCGAGGAAACUAAAACCAGUACAGCAAACUUAGUGGCGGAGGAAGCACCAGCUCCAGCCAAUAAUGCAAAUGCGCCAAUUCAUGAGGCUGAUGCUUCACUGCUUCCUGAGACUGAAACGCACAUGGUCAUCGAUGGUGCUGAUGCUGCUACUGAAGACAUGGCGGAGCAUGAUUCGACUCCAGAGAAGACACCAAUGGAGGCGGCAAUCCGAGUGACCCGUGCAAGACUAAGGAGGCGUGUUGGCACUGGAGCUGCUGCUUGCCCUGCAGUAAAUUAA